AUGGCGGAUCAACUUGCAAAACAACAUGUAGCUAUUAUGAUUCCAAAUUCAACAAAAACCGGAAAAUUACUUACAAAUACUAAGAAAUGUUCAAAGGAUAAACGAACAAGAGGUUAUUUAGAAACGCGCAUGGAGACAUUACUUGAUUAUUGGGCUUGUUACACAAAAAGUUAUGAUUUGCUUACUGUAUCCAUGGACAGUGAGACAUUGAAAACUAAAUAUGAUUGCGAUAUGGAUGAUAACUUUGAACAAACAGAGGAACAUUAUUUGGAUUUAAAGACUUGGCCUAAGGAUAAGUUUUAUGAUAUUACACCAAUGAGUGAAUCUUCAAAAUCUGACACAACUUCAGAACUUCCUAAACUUAGACCAAAGCUACCACCAAUAGCUAUAUCACAAUUUUCUGGUAAUUAUAAUCAGUGGAUGAGCUUCAGAGCUCUAUUUCUUUCCUUGAUACAUUGUGACGACCGCUUGUCUAAAAUCGAAGCCGAACAGUUACUCAAAAAUUAUUCUUUAACUGUAGCGAACUAUGAUGAUGCAUGGAUAAAACUAAAUGAAAGAUAUGAGAAUAAGCUUGUGAUUUUGAAUAAUAUUCUAAGUCGAUUUUUAACUCCGAAAAAACUAACAACUGAAUCAGCAAAAGGUGUCAAAGAUUCAUUGGACACUACUAGCCAAUGUCUCACAUCUCUAAAAAAAUUUGAAGAUUGA